UACAGGUGACAUUAAUGCAUCAUCACCAGGUAACGUUAAUGCAUCAUCAUCAGUACCUGACUACCUGAUAGCUGUGUAUAUUCUCUGUGUCUUCAUUUUCAUGAUGUCACCGUUAUUUAUCUUCCUCUGCAGAUCACAUUUUGUUAAUAUCGGAACAGAAGCACCAACGGAAAUGAAUGAUUAUGUAACAUCAAUAAAUGUACCAACCUAUUUGUCAACUAUUAUCAAACAAUCUAACGGUAUGGACUUGCACAGGAGUGAUAAUACCCCUCAUGAUUAUGAUGAAAUUCCAAAUGGUGAUACAGGAUAUGAAAUAGUACCUCUGGCAACCAGCGGUAUAGGCAAUGAUGUUGCACCACAAUCUAUGGAAACACAGUUGGGAAAUAAUGUAGCGUAUGAACAUGAUUAUGA